AUGUACUCUAUGAAAAAUAUCGUUAAUUAUAAUGCUGAAAUUAUUUUACCAAAUUGCAUGUAUACCAUAAAAAACAGAACUAUUUGUUCAAAGGAAGACGAUAUCAACAUCAAUAUCAGUAACCAGGUUAUCAAGUUUCUGAAGGGAUCAAACAUAAUGACAGAGUUAGAACAUCGACAAGAUCAAUUGUUACAAAAACUAGAUACCCUUUAUGACAGAAUAAAAUCUAUUAGCUCUCAUUGUAACAUUGAAGAAAUAAAAACUUCUAGUAAUCUAUUGCCAACACCUGAAGAAGCUGUGCUUGUUGUCAGUCCAGAUAGCUUGCCUUGGUACUUGAACAUCAUUUUGAAGGAAACCUCCAUACCAGUCAACAUUUCAUGGCAUAUUCAUUCUUCUGUGCCUACAGAUAAAGUAGCAAAGAUAAAAAACUUUGUUAAAAAUCUGCAAAUGUCCAACAGUGGCCCUAAAAUCAAUAUAAGGUUGAUAUUUAAAUGUGUUUCAGCUGACACUGAAUUGAAGUUGUCUUCUUUGAUGGUUCCUGUUAUCGGAAAUGUAAACAUACUACGAUACUUAUCGUUUGUGUACCCGGGCAUAAUACUAUAUGACUCCAAUGAUCACCAAAUGGAUUAUCUACUUGAUGUCUGUCAUCUGUUAGAGAGAACUACGGAAAAGAAUAAGGAAGCACUGUUCAACAAAUUAAGUUCUCAAUGCAAAGAAUGGAUGUAUGGAAAUCAUUUUUCUAUAAUAGAUCUAGCAACAUAUAAUGCAUUAAAACAAUUCACUACUAUUCCUAAAUAUGUUAAUAAGCCUUGGUUUGAUAAGUGUGAGAAGCUAUGUUCAUAA